UUAUGAAGUCAACUCCACCAUUAACUUCUCCACUCGAUCAUGAAGUCAACUUGUAUCCCCUCAUUAUCGAUCAGUUUUCUUAGGAAAUAAUUCACAAAUUCCUUUUAUUUUCUAUUGAAACAUUUUAGAUGGAGGAUGCAAAUAAUCACCUCUUGUAGUUGUAGCCUUCCAAUAAUCAGCUCCCUUUCUUACUCCACACAUUGCUAUUUGGUACGAAUGGCAGAAAGAGGUACACGAUGAAGCCAUUUAAACUCGCCGUAAAUUCUUAUCCAAUUGUUCAAAUGAAUUCUUCUCAUUCUCACAUCUUAUAUUAUAUCAAUCAGAAAUAACCAUGUGAGUGUGAUUGUACAUGUUAUCCUUAACUUUUAAGCUUCCUAUAUAAAUAGAAAUGACAUCUGCAGAAUCAAGUCCACUACUGAUGCCUUUUGAACACGUCAAGGCUGCUGUCACUGAAUUUGGUAAGAUCUUUAUUUUUUUCUUUUUUCUUUCUUUCAUAAACCUACUAUGGAUUAGUACAAACAAAAUCACUAUGUUGCAAUGGGCGAAAGCGUUAAGGCUGCAAAAGCAUUGGUGGCUAAAAAUCCUUCUCUUACACAAGUUACUGAUUUUAAAGGAUUCACACCACUCAUCUAUAGUGUCACUUCUACAAGAUGUAAAGACAUGGUUCGAUAUCUUUUUAUGAAUACUACAGAUGAUGGACCUGGCAGACCAUUCUCUGGUUCCUCUGCUAGUCAACUUGUUGCUUUGCUUAUUCAUGCCGGAUUUUAUGAUAUCACCAUGCAUCUUCUGCAGCGCUACCCUAACUUGGCCACCAUUUCUGAUUCAAAUGGAAGCAUUAUACUUAAUGUUCUGUCAAAAUUGCCUUCACAUUUUCUAAGUGGACACAAGGUUCGGUUUUGGAAAAGAUGCAUUUACUAUUGUGUUCCUGUGGAACUUGAAUAUUUACCAUCCAAGCAGGCUUAUUUUAGGAAUAAAUUAUGGAAUGCACUUCAAACUCUUGUUCCGAGCCUAAAGCUAGUUAGAGAUACAAAGUUGAGACAUGUAUCUGCUGUGAGAUUGGUUGAACUUGUUUUCUCACAAGCUUCAACUUUGAAUGACUAUCAAUUCUGGCAAUCUUUUGUGAGUCCAGAUAUUAUUUUCAAUGCAACAUCAUCUGGCAUAGUUGAGAUUUUAAAGACUUGUUUUCUCUUUUUUCCUGAUUUGGUUUGGACUCACAUUCCAAAUGAAGGGUAUGUGGUUCAAAUUGCUAUCAAGAAUAGGCAAGAAAAAGUUUUUAAUCUUCUACGCGAGAUGCCAAUAAUUUGCAACCUCUUAGUGUUGGCAUUAGAUGAAUCAAAUAACACUACAUCACAUCUGGCAGCAAGGGUUGCUUCUCAAGCUGAAUCAAUUGCAUGUGCUGCAUUUCAAAUGAAAAGAGAGUUACAUUGGUUUAAGGAAGUAGAGAAAUUGGACCACCCUCUCCAUAAAGACGUUAAGAACAACGAUGGUAAAACAGCUUGGCAAGUUUUCAAGGAAGAGCAUAAGACAUUGCUAGAAGAAGGGAAAAAUUGGAUGAAGGAUACAUCAAACUCUUGUAUGUUAGUGGCAACUCUUAUUGCAACAAUCACCUUUGCGGCUGCAAUUACUGUUCCUGGAGGUAACAACCAGGACAAAGGAAUACCAAUAUUCUUGUCAGACAAGACAUUCAUGUUAUUUAUUGUGUCAGAUGCACUAGCCUUGUUUUCCUCAAUGGUUUCUCUUCUGAUGUUUUUAUCUAUCAUACAUGGACGUUAUGCCAAAGAAGAUUUUGUCGUGGCAUUACCGAAGAGAUUAAUAUUAGGUAUGGCUGCUUUAUUCUUUGCUGUAGGGACUACAAUGAUAGCUUUUGGCGCAGCUCUGUCUAUGUUGCUAGAGAAGAGACUUGUAUGGGCUCCAAUUCCUAUUGCCCUUUUGGCUUGUGUUCCAGUUACUCUAUUUGCAAAGCUUCAAUUUCCUAAUUUAUUCACAAAAAUAAUAGACAUGAUGAUAGAUGGGUCUAAAUAAAUGAAGGUGUUUUAAGAUAUUAAACAGUUUUGAUGUACAAUCUUCCCUCUCUAAUAGCAUACCUAAAUCUAAGGAUAUUAAUAUAUAGUUGAUGAAAAUACAGUUUGCUAGA